AUGGAACACGUUAUUUUACAAUUUCAGCUCGACUACGUUCUGGCGAGGAACAUUCCUCAGUCAGAUAUCCGAAAACCUAGAGUUGUUUGGGACGUCGCGUUUGAAUUUGACCACCGCCCAGUUCUUCCUAGCUUCAAGAUACGGUUCCACAAGAGAAACCGAGGAGUUCCUCUUCAACCGAAAAUUGACAUGGCAGGUCUGAAAGACGAAGAUUGCAGAACGAAAUUCCGCCGUCGCGUGUCUAUUCAUGUUGGAGUACAGAACAGGAAGAAGCUUAGCGAUGCGGAUUUUUUUCACAAAAAAGAUCUAGGACGCUGCAAGGGAAACGCUCCUGGUUCUAUUGCCGCGGCAGAAGUUUGCCUUUGCAUCUGCGGGAACAAAACCUUAACAAUUCUGUAUGUACAAUUCCCUUACAACUCUGUAUGUGUCGCGCGCAGCACUGGCAACUUCAACCAGGAAAAGCGUCUUAGAAGGAAGUUGCGUCGUCAACUGCAACAAGACCGCGAUAACGAGUGGACGUCAGGAGCGAAGGAGUUUGAAAAGGCGUGGGUGGACAAGAACCCGCGAAAAGUUUAUGCUUUACUAAGACAGUUUAGCGGCAAAAUGAAGAGAUGUUCUCCUGUCUUUAAAACAGCCAAUGGAGUGGCUGUCGGUGAAGUAAUCCUCCCAAUUUGGAGGGGUCACUUCAAGACCUUGCUGAGCAGGCAUGCACCGUCAGCUCCUGAACUCGAGCACCUUCAUAGGCCGACAUAUGCGGUUAACGAGGAACCACCGACCGAGUCGGAGAUACUGGGCUGUAUCCAAAAGAUGAAAAAUGGAAAAUCUGGUGGAGACGACGGAAUUAGCGCAGAAAUGCUGAAAUAUCAUCAUCCGUCUGGCAUUCGUGAAAUGGCAAAGAUUAUCCGUUAA